AUGGCAUCCAUCACGAAGCAUUUUAACCGGACACUUGCGCUGUCGUGCUCGUUGAUCGCUCUGUCGCAGAUUAAUUAUGGGUUUGACAACCAGGCCUUCUCAACAACUCAGUCUAUGACUGCGUUUACUGAACAAUUCGGGGACUACGACCCAGAAACGGGCAAAUAUGCAAUUCCAGCCUAUUUCUUGUCCCUCUUGGAUAGUUUGAAUUAUAUCGGUUUUGCUGUUGGCUUGAUUAUUGGCAGUUUGGCCAGCCAGCGUUACGGACGCCGUAUGUGCAUGUUCUCCAUGAGCUGCUUUGCUCUUGUCACGGCAACGAUUACUGUGACUUCACACAGCAAGUCUCAGAUUCUGGCUGCUCGUAUUUUGAACUAUGUGUAUAUUGGCAUGGAAUUAUCGGUGGUGCCUGUUUACCAGUCAGAAAUUGUGCCUGCUCCUGUCCGUGGAUUCAUUGUUGGUACAUACCAGCUUAGCAUCAAUCUGGGAGGCCUCAUAAUUAACAGUAUUUGCCGUGGGACGAGUACACUGGAGGGCAACAAAUCUUGGAGGAUUCCAUUCGGACUGUUCUACGUGACUCCAUUUGUCAUAGCAUCUCUAAUCUGGUUUGUGCCAGAAUCACCCCGCUGGCUCCUCCUUCAAGAACGCAUCGAAGACGCUGAAAAUUCCCUAAAACGCCUCCGCCGUGGAACAAUGACCGACGAAGCAAUCGCAACCGAACUAAAAUCCCUACGAGUUGGUCUCGCGCUUGAGCCUGAAAAGGGUAAAUUCAGAGAACUCUUCCAAGGAGUGAAUCUCAAACGCACAGCAGUCGUCGUAGCCAUCAGCUUCUUCCAACAAGCCACCGGACAAUCAUUCGCAAGCCAAUACGGGGCUAUAUUUGUCAAGUCAUUGAACACGAUCAAUACAUACAACUUCACCAUCAUAACCAGCUGCGUCGGCACGGUAGUUUGUCUCUGGUCGAAUUUCUUCAACGACAAGAUCGGUCGGAGAAAACUCUUUAUCGCCGGCUCUAUGGUUCAAAUUGCCGCUCUAUUCACUAUGGGUGGCCUUGGGACAGCAAGUCCAAUUACGAAACAAGAAAGUGCAGGAAUCGCGUCCAUGAUCGCGGUCUUCGCUGUUGGCUUCGGAUUAGGCUGGGGACCCCUGACGUACGUGGUUGUCACGGAGUUACCUGCGCUAUCACUCCGUGAUCAAUCACAGCGUGUGUCGGCUCUAGUGAAUAUCGCGACUAAUUUUGCGGUCACAUUUUCCAUCCCUUAUCUGAUUGAUGAUGGGUAUGCAGAUCUUCAAUCGAAGGUUGGAUUUGUCUUUGGAAGUAUUGCCGUUUGUGCGUGUAUAUUCGUCUACUUGUGCGUACCGGAUUGCCAGGGUAAGUCUCUUGAAGAUAUUGAUAGGCUGUUCCAUGAGGGUGUUCCGGUGAGAAAGUUCCGGGGGUAUAAGUUGCCGCCUGUGGAGGGGGAGGGGAAGGUGGAGAAGGAGAAGGAGACGGUCUGA